AUGGCCCCAACUGGUACAGAGGCCAAUAAUAACUUUUAUAAAGGUGCGAGUUCAGGACCAGGUGCCGCCUUGGCUCGCUUCCUCGAUCUACGUCUACUCGACAUCGACCGCCCCUUAUCGCCCUCACCGGCAUGCUCACCAAAACUCACAAUGCCACGAGUAUGCUGUGACGACGACCUGUCCAACAUCACGACCUCGCUUUCGCCCACCGCCUUCGAGUUACCAGUUCCCAAGGACGACCCGCUGUUGCCUCGCGCGUGUGGCCAAGGAAUAAGAUUAAAGCGCGUGGUAUAAAGCCCCGCUCCUGGAUACCCGUUGCAAGCCAUCCUCGGCAUAUCAGAUUCAUCGUCAGGAGACAAAAGUCCUACUUGGGACUGCGGCGGAGCGCUCAUCACAAGCCGCCACGUCCUCACAGCCGCUCACUGCGUUGCCAAUGAGAACGCAAAGGGCAGAAAGCUGAAGUGGGCCGUGCGUCUGGGCGAAUUCAACCUUACUACAAGGAUAGACUGUCUCAUAGGCCUUUGUCUCUUGCCUCACGAAGACUUCUUACCCGAAGCCGUGAUCAUCCACCCCCACUACGGCACUCCAUCUCCUCGAUCCAAUGACCUUGCCCUUAUAAAACUCGACAGAGAAGUUGUCAAUCGACUCGGUGUUUCCCCUGUCUGCCUACCCCCCGAGGACCUGCAGCUGGAGUCCUACUAUCGCUACGGUCAGCUGGAGACGCCUGGGUGGGGCACCGUGGGAUUUCGAGGACCAGCUUCCAAGGAGUUGCAAAGCGGUUCCGUUUCACUCGUGAGCCUCAGCCUGUGCCAAGGGCGUGAGGCGCUGGAGGAAGUGGUAUUCGUCGAAGGAAAGCCUACUGCCUUUGGUGACCCUUGUUUUGGAGACACGGGAGGUCCCUUGACAACAGAGUUUGGGCCGAACACAUUGAUUGGUAUACACGCAUUCGGCAAUGUGUGUGGGACUGGCUUUGCUACACAACAUCCAAAUACACUAACUGUGGAUCAUAAGAGAACAUCAGCAAGAGACAUUGUUACUAAACACUGUCUGAAACAGCUGGUCAACAAAUCCAAAUGUCUCGUUACUGUUGCGAGACAUGAUUUAACACCCACGCCCAGACCAAGGUACUUUGUUGAACUGUAUCGGACAAAACAAAAGCAUCGUUGCGCAAUUGCUUCGAUACAAUGUAUCUCGGCCUGA